CCCACUGAAAAUCAAAAAAGCAGAACGGACGUUUUACAACAACAAGCACUUUCAAACCUUCGCGUCCUUGUCGUCGCCAUGUGUCCCGUCGUUCAUUGGAUCCAUCUUCCCCACCCAGUAAGGAAGGAAGGAAGGGUCGCGGGGGGAAGAAGGAAUUUCAUCUUCUGGGGGUAACUAGUACAAAGUUACGCACCCAUCGCUGUCCGCACGUCAGUCUGCUGCGGGACGCCAAACGGAACGGAUCCGGGUUUUGGGACAUUUUUGGAUUUUUGUGAUUACUGUGAUUCCUGAAGGGAACUUAGAGUGAGAAGGAAGAGGGGGUCAAAUUUUUGGGGUGGUCUGGACAUUGGAUUAUCCAGAAUUCGCGUCAUUUGUGUUUCUGUCCCAAUUUUUGGGAUGAAAUAUGGGCGGAGGAACGUUGCAAAUUCGUUGGAUCCUCGUCCAACUGGUCCAACAGAUGGCAGAUUGCUGACAGAUUGUUGAGAGCUGCUGCUCACAGAGGUUGCUUGCCUACAUCGAGGGGUAAAGGAGAAAGUGAACGAAAAAAUUCGAAGAAAUAACACCAAAUUCCCAGCACGUGCGGAAAGUUUAAAUCUGCUUCGGGCGACAGCUAGUGGUUUAACCCUGUUGUGGGGGGAGGGUUUUCUUUCAAGCGAAAAGAAGGUGUGAAAUAAAUUUCGGUAAAAAAGUGAAAUGAACGAGCAAGAGUGAGUCUACUUGAAGGCGCCCAGCGCCACGACACGGUACGAUUAAAUUAAAACAAGUUUUUAAUUGUUGCUUCCAUAGAAGCUCCCUGGUGUGGUCUUUGAGGAAAGACAAAAAAAAAUAAGAAACUACCCCUUCAAAGUAGAGUCUUGGCGAAAAAUAAAAGGAAGAGGGAAAAAAAAUCGUCCUUGCAACAUGGUUGCAACACCUGCAGGCGCACUUUCUUCUUACAAUCAGUGUGAGAAACAGCUGCAGCUGUGCACAGAGAUGUGAGCUCAAAUGAAUUUUUGUCGUGCCAACCGGUGCUUAGCGAUUUGAUCGUGUGGCAUUUUUUAAGAGGAAUUUUUCCAGCACCUCAAAUCUGGGACGAAAAAAAGGGCGGCAAAAGUGACAGCGCGAUUUAUCAGCCACCAGUUCUCUCCUGUCUGUAUGGAUGGAUUUUUCCAUCGUUAACUUCAUAUUACUGCUCCAAUGAUUCGGAAUUCCAACGACCAAAGAGUGGUGUAUACGCAGAAUGGGGGGAUGAUGUGCAUCCUUUUUUUCUGAGUUGGGUGGUGGAAAAGCGGUGCUGAGAUUAUGUUACGAAUGAUGAGUGGCUCGAUGAAAGGUUCAAGUGUUCGAGCUGGACAUCGAUUGGAGAUUUAAUUCUUGGUGCUGCUACUAGACUGAUACUGGGAAAGUGAGGAUGGACUUGAAGUUUGGUACAUCGAAUUACGAAACAAAAUGGAUUUAACGAGUUCGCUAUCAAUCAGAUAUCUGUGGCAGUAGCUUCAAGAUGACGACAAAAGCACUGUCACCUCCUGAUAGCCUCUUCCGGUACCGCACCGCCUCACUCUAAUUAGUUUCCCUCCGAUUUCUACCAAGAUUCCGAGGCGUUUUUCGAGAGGGAUAUGUGUAAAUGCCAUCCGAUGGUACCGGUACUGCUCGUGGCUUCAUCUGCUUCUCGGUCUUCCUCUUCGGCGACAGCUACAUCUUCCUUCCAUUUCAAUGGAGGACAGCAGCCAACCGGUGGCGGCAUCAGCAACAGCAGACGAGGAAGAAGGACUGCUGCCGGAAGUAAUCCUCCGCAUAGAGGCGGUGGUGCUGCCUCCAAGAGUAACCGAUCUCACCGGAACGAACCUUCGAAGACCCACCAGAACACCGCCGUGCUGCUACGACACCGUCAUCCAUCUUCAUCAUCCGGUGACGUCGUCGUCGUCGUUGAACAAACCGGAACCAAAAACUGUAGGAAGAUUCCGCAACAGAAGAUUGGCGGAGAAUCGAUGCCUUCAGAGACCCUGAUGUGUGACCCAGAAAUGAAUGACAGGAGCACCAAAUCGUCAACGGCUGUCAACAGAGGACCAAUUUCGGCGGCACGUGACAAUUCCUGCUAAUGAGAGCGAGUGUCAUUUAUCUAUAUGGUUGGACCGGGAUUAGUAGGUCAUUUAUAGGUGGGCAAAAUGUGAUAAUAGUAAUUAGGCGUGUAAGUGUGUGACCUUUGGAACGAAAAAUGGUAAAACCAGCAAAAAAGUAGGCCUUUGUUGAGAAAAAAAAAGUUAUUGAAACCACGUGCUUUUUGUGACUGCCAAGAUAGAAACAGACAAAACUAAAAAAAUCCAAGCAACCCUAAAAACUAAGUAGUGUUCGCAAAGCUCAAUUCCACGAAACGACUAAUAAAACUAACAGAAAUCAAAUCAAAACAAACAAAAACCAGCUCCAGGAUAGAAUUAUGAUCCAUCUGUAUCCACUGGAGGAGCAUCCGCAUUUUUGUUCUUUUUACUGGGGUGGCACCGAAGUGUUGGACAGCGAUAGCAUUAACGGAAACAUCAACGCCGCCGUCCUAGGAGGGAGCAACGGUAGUAGUAGUAGUUUCAGUUCGGUGGCACAGGUGGCAGCAUCGGCGGCAGCGGUGGUGGCAACGGCUGGACCCGGUUCGCAUUCGCUCAACUACGAUGGGACGCUGAGGAGUGGGCUCUACGAGGAUCCUCGCAUCGAAAAUCUGCGUAAAAUAUCGUACGGCAUCGCGCUGCCCAUCAUCUGUGCCCUCGGAAUUGUGGGCAACGUGCUCAAUCUGGUGGUCCUCACCCGACGAAAUAUGCGAGGAACCGCCUACAUCUACAUGCGAGGCUACUCGGCAGCUGCGCUUCUUGCCAUCAUCUUCGCCAUCCCAUUCGGCAUGCGGAUGCUCAUUCACCGGGACUCGGGCCGGUGGCGCAACUUUGGCCAAGCCUUCUACUCAGCCCACCUGGAGCUAUUCCUCGGCAAUGGAUGUCUCGGGGUCGGCGUCCUAAUGCUGCUGGUUCUCACCAUCGAGCGGUACGUUUCGGUGUGUCACCCGGGACACAUCCGCCGGAUCUGCCCGCCGAAAGUGACCGUCGCCCUCAUUCCGGUGCUCACCUUUCUGAUCUACCUGCCCUCGGUGCUGCGCGGGGAGAUCGUCAAAUGUGUCUUACAAUCCGAUGGAACAAUAAUGUAUCAUAAGCGGGAUAAUAUGAAAUUUUUAGAUUCGUUAUUUUAUGCGAUAUACAAAGUGAUACUGGAGAUUGUGUUCAAGCUGGCGCCAACGGUGCUGAUCGCCGGCUUCAAUCUGCGGAUAAUGAUCGUGUAUCGACGUACCUGUGAUAAGCGCCGCCGGAUGACGCUGUCCCGGAUCAACACCAAAGACCAGCACGAGGAUCCCCGAAAGUUCGCCGAGGAGCGCCGGCUGAUGAUGUUGCUCGGUAGCACAUCGCUUCUCUUCCUAAUCUGCGUAUCCCCGAUGGCACUUCUCCACGUAACGCUUUCUCCGGAACAUCUAUCCAGUUAUUCUUUUCAGCUAUUUCGGGCCCUUGCCAACCUGAUGGAGCUGAUGAACUACUCGCUCACGUUCUACAUCUACUGUCUGUUCAGUGAGGACUUUCGUAAUACCCUCUUCCGGACUAUUCGGUGGCCCUGGUUCGAGAAGCCCCUGUAUCAGCGGGGAACGGAGGAAGAGAAGAUCCGCAAAUUCGACAUCGUAAAGCUGCAGGAGGUAUGCUGGAAGGACUCCAGGAUAAGAACGUUCCAAGAUGGUCAUGCCAUCUACCGGAGCUGUGGCAACACGCACGAGCUUGGAACAACUUUUAUAGUGAUGGGGAAGAUGACGAAGCGCAUGAUCGAGUGCAUCAUCAACGUGUACAGCCCUCACCUCGGAAGUCCUGGUGACGACAAAUACGAAAUAUACGCGCAGCAAAACAUGAUCGUCAUCGGGGAUUUUAUUGCUCAGUCCGGCCAGAAGGAGGAAUUCAAAUCGCCAAUUAAAAGGUUCAACGCGCUCUAG